GUCCAAGGAAGCUGAUGCAGAUGCAAAGCUUGAGAUCAACUCCAACCGCUCUGAUCUCGCCUUCUUUCUCUCCAUCUACUUCGGCCAAUUCCAUCAAGUCCUGUCGAUACUCAAUUAGACAGCUCUGUGUUCCGGAAGUUGAUAGCUUUGCCUUUCGAGUUACCCACCCCGCAUUUCAUGACGGUGCGGCUCUAAGCUUCCCGCCCAUCCUCCCUUUACCUUGACCCUACAUACCUUCCCGCUCUUUCCAUACACAACACCCUCAUCCUCUCUACUCCUGCGAUCCACAUCUCCAAUCCAAUCUAUUAAUCGCAACCCCGCAAUCCUACGAAUAGAUACAACGAACGAUCCGAAGUCCACACCUAGAUACGAGCACACCCGUACCUCAUCGUUGCUGCUACACCGAUAGCUUCAACUCACCCCAUCACCCAUCCCCGUAAUCUGUCAACCCAUCAUCGCAUUGCCACGAUGUCGGCCCCCGCCGCCUACGCGCUGCAGAGCCUACUGGAUAAGAUGUCCAACCCGGACAGCGACUUCCGCUUCAUGUCACUAAACGACCUGUUGGCGAUGCUCACGCAGAACCUGAGCUUCAGCCAGACAGACCCCGGAACCAUGAGCAAGCUCAUAGAUGCGGUCGUGAAAGCUCUAGACGAUGCGAAUGGCGAGGUGCAGAAUCUUGCGGUUAAAUGUUUGGGACCUCUCGUCCUCAAAGUCAAAGAAAACCAGAUCGGCCCGCUUAUCGACAGGCUCGCUACGCUGUCAAUGACCUCACAGGACCCGUCGAUCCCUUCGACCGCGCUGCGAACCAUCAUCACGAACCUCCCGCGCCCACAUGCCUCGCCGGGAAUGAACUUGGCGUCCAUCGCUGCACUGCACCAAGCACAUGCCGCCGCCCCCAGUACAAUGGCUCGGCCGGAGGCCACACAACAGGCAAUCCAGACAUCGGUCACUGCCGUGCAGAAGACGCUAAUACCCAAGCUGAUGAUACUUCUCAAGCCGGAUGGGGGCGAGAGCGGGAAGGCUACCGCUGGUGCUACGCUGGACAGUGUCGACUUGCUGAUCGAGACUGUCCGCUGCUUUGGGUCCAUCAUGUCCGGAGCCGAAGUGGAGAGACUGCAAGUUGCGGUCAUGAAUUUGGUCCAGAGCGAGAGGACCAGCGGCGUCAUCAAGAAGAGGGCGGUUACGGCCUUGAGUUUACUCUGCGUUUAUGCACCGGACGAGUUGCUCUCAUCGUUCAUCAACCACCUCAUCGAGUCGUUCCGCGCCGAGAGCAAGCAUGUCAAUCCGGGCCGUCUGCGGCUGUUGAUCUCGGUUACUGGCUCGCUCGCUCGCGGAAUCCCAGAGCGGUUCGGUCCGUAUCUGAAGACACUGUGCCCAUUCAUCCUUUCGGUUGUAGACGGUCGGGAUCUGGAGAACCGUGAUUUGGGAGAUGAGCCGGAUAUGGAGAUGGACGAGGUUCGCGAGGUGGCGCUGGUGGCGCUGGAGAGCUUCCAGAGCUGCUGCACCGAGGAGAUGAAGCAGUUCACCGACGACCUUCUCAACGCCGGCACUGUUUUCCUGAAGUACGACCCCAACUACGCCGAUCCGGGCGAUGACGACGAGGAAAUGGGCGGUACUGCCGGUGGAGAUGACGACGAUGGAGAGUUUGGUGGAAGCGACGAUGAUGACACCUUUGAAGACGAUGGAAACUUCUCGGACGAAGACGACAUAUCAUGGAAGGUCCGGCGGUGCGCGGCAAAGCUGUUGGCGACUGUUCUCGCGACUAGGGCCGGCGACUUGAUCCGGGGAUCCGGCGAGGGAGGCGGGUUGGCGUACAAAAAGGUGGCGCCGCUCCUCAUCGACAGAUUCCAUGAGCGCGAAGAGAACGUUCGACUCGAGAUCCUCGCUACGGCCAUCGUGCUGGUGAAGAAGACGGGAGAGGUUGCAGAUGGCACGAUCACCUGUGGGCCAGCUCUGAGCAGUGCUGCGGGCACGAUGGCUCCGCCGCCGAAGAAGAGACGUGGAUCGGACGCUUCGAUGAUGGAUACCGAUAUGGCCCUGGAAGUGCCGUCGGUGGAUGAGCACGGUGUUCGGGACAGCCUUUUCCAAUUGGUUCCUCGGCUAUCCAAGUCUGUCGGAAAACUGCUCAACAACAAGUCCAUUACGCUUCCGACUAAACAGGCAAGCAUCGUUCUGAUUUCAGCGGCUGUCUCGGUUCUGCACGGAAAGUUUGAGAGCUCGCUGAACAUCUUCAUCAAUGCUCUCGUCGACGCUGCUGGUGGAGGUAAUGCACUGGCUUCCGGUGGUAAUGUUGUUGUGGCGUCUGCGCCUGGCGGCAGCGCUGCCACUGCGACAGGUGCCAGUGUUAGAAUUGAGGUUCUCCGCCUCUUUUCCAAGAUCUUCGAUAACCACUCUCUCGAAGCCGUGGAGCCAUACCUGGCGGCCGCUGUUCCGGCUGUCUGCGCCGCCGUUAACGAGACUGCCUAUAAGGUUUCCUUCGAAGCCUUGGGCACUGUCGCUUCAAUCGCCAAACUACUGACUUCGCCUGGAGCCCCCGCCUACGCCGAACACCUUAAGCAGCUGUACCAGGUGAUAAUCAAGAAGGUCGAGAAUGCGGAUACGGAUCUGGAGGUUCGCGAGAAAGCCAUCGUCACGAUGAGCAUCUUGCUCGGCAGAACCAGCGGCAAGGCUGGUACUCUCUCGGCCGAAUCCCGUCGUCACGCUCUGGACGUCCUGCUCGAACGCCUGAAGAACGAGACUACCCGUGCUAGUGCCGCCCGUGCUAUCGAUAACAUCGCUAGGUCUGCCGGCGAUGAUGGAUCAAUCAGCGAAGAGUGGGUUCGCAAGGUCGUCACCGAGCUGGGUGCCCAGCUCCGCAAGUCGAAUCGGUCGCUCCGUGCAGCGAGUCUGGUCGCGCUCGAGAGCAUCGCUUCCAACCCGGCCCUGCUGCACCAGAUGGACACGGCCAGCAAGAGCGAGUUGGUUGCGGUGCUCACGCCUUUGCUGGUCGUGGGAGAUAUGCAGCUUCUUGCCCUAGCUAUUGCCGUCUUGAGGCUCAUGAUCAUCAAUCCGAACGGUAUCACAAUCUCGUUCGAGGUCAUCAAUGGUAUUUGCAACCUUGUCAAGUUUCCUCUGGGUUCUGGGCUGGUACUCGAGAAUCUGCUCAGCCUCGUCCGCACGAUUGGAGAGGAGGAUAAGAAGGGCAAGCGCAAGCUCAUGGAGGAACUGCUCAAGAAAGUCGGUGUUACGGGAGAUAUGAGUGCUGUCGGCAAGGUCAUUGCCCAGCUGCUUGUUUGCGGGGGCGGUGACAAGGGCGGCUUCAUUGUCGGUGUCAAAGACUUUGUCGAGGAGUUCGAGACUGCGCGCGAUUCUGGUCGCAAGUGUCUUGGAUUGAUAGUUCUGGGAGAGAUUGGGCUCCGGAUGGGCAAGGACUUUGACGUUCCGCCGGAGAAGUUUCUCGGACAGCUCGGGGACGAUUCGGAUAAUGUUCCUAUCGCCGCGGCUGUCGCGCUGGGUCUCGCUGGUGCUGGGAAUGUCGACAAGUUUGUUCCCGUCAUCAUGAAGAGGCUGCAGGAUGGAAAUGAUAGUUAUCUCCUGGUCCAUUCGCUCAAGGAGAUCAUCACACAUUCGUCGGCGGAUAGCCUGAAGUCUUACACCAACGAUAUGUGGAAUACACUGCUUUCCACCGCUGUUACGAACGAUGAUGCGAAAGCUGUGGCUGCUGAGUGUGUGGGUCGGCUUAUUAUCCUGGACCCGUACUCGUUCCUGCCCGAGCUGCAGAAACACAUGACUUCGCCGCAGUCGGUGGUGCGGGGCUUGGUGAUCUCGGCGCUGCGUUAUACCUUCACGGACACGGACACGAAAUACGACGAGCUUCUCCGCCCCACCGUUGUCGACUUCCUCGACACAAUGCUGCAAGACUCGGAACUCGACAACCGGCGGCUCGCACUCACCACGCUCAACAGCGCGGCGACCAACAAAGCGCACCUCCUCGCGGGCCCGGGCUUGGAGCGGCUCCUCCCGCGCGUCUACUCCGAAUCCGUCAUCAAGCCCGACCUCGUCCGCGAAAUUCAGAUGGGCCCGUUCCGCCACCGCAUCGACGACGGCCUCGAGGUCCGCAAAUCUGCCUACGAAACCCUGUACGCCCUGCUAGAGACGUCGUUCCAUAAUAUCGAACUGGACGUCUACUUCUCGCGCGUCAUCGCCGGUAUUGCGGACGACCACGAUAUCCGCGCCCUCGCGAACCUCAUGCUCGCUAAGCUGGCGGUUCUGGCUAAGGAAGAGACGGCGAGGAGACUCGACUCCAUCGCUGAUACCAUCCGCAAGGUGCUCAUGGAGAAGCCGAAGGAGAAUGCGGUCAAGCAGGAGCUGGAGCGCCACGCUGAGGGCGUUAGGGGAGUGGUCAAGACGGCGCUUGUCGUGCAUAGAGAGGUCGGCGCGGAGAGGGGCGGCCAGAAGUGGAGGGGCUUCUGGGACUGGAUAUGUGCCAGCUGGAGGGAGCUGGUGACUGAGAACAGCGAGAACGAGGGGAAGUAAUGAACUGAAAAGGUACCGGGGGGAGAUGUGGUUGUUUGUUUGUUUGUUUGUUUCUGAUUGAUUGUGAUUGAUUGUGUGACAAUCUUGUUGUUUUCUAAAGAAUUUCGGGGGGG